AACGUUGGAAGGUGGGUUCAGGCCGAUAGCGCAUUUGUUAUCAGCGCAAGUAUUUCCAACGUGAUAAGCAGUAGCAUUUCAACUGCAAAAACCAGAGAUUAAAAUACUCGAUCAAUGGUGCGUGAAGAGCCUGCCUGAAUUAUAUCGGUCUUUGUGAGAGGAGAACACUAAAUUCCAGGAUGGAUAAUACAGCGACAAAACACGUGACGGAUUCAGCAGAAUUGACUAAUGGUCACGAAGCGGCCGACACAGAGAGCAGAACAAGCAAAGCCGAGGAAAAUGGUAUUUCAGAGACGCAGGACGAAACAACAUUGCGAAAACCUAUUGCAAAGGAAGGAGCCAUUCUCUCUCUGGCCGACAGAAACACCAAUUUGAGCGCGGUACGGCGCUCGUGGAGCUCAUUCACCUCAAACUUAUCGUCUAGCUCGGUCGCAGAGAGUGUUCAUGCCCACAGGCAGCAAUUUUUGGAACGGAGGGCAAAGUUCAGCCAAGGCGCCUCCUCGGAGCAAACGCCGACCAAAAAGAAGUUUGAAAUCGAGCUGAAGGCGCUGAAACUCGGCGAGCGAAGGAAAUUUUUAGAGGAUGAUGCGUCUUGGCAGCGACAGAGGAGCGAAAAGGAAGAUGCGAAAUCCCAACCCGUAUAUACGUUUAGAAGACAAGGAAGUGUGCGGGAAAAGGUGCAGAAGUACGCUGAAUUAACUGCAGCUCAACAGACAAGUCCGCUCUUCCACUGUGCGGAACCUUUGGACGGGUCCGGGCCAAAGUCUGAAGAACCAAAACCUGACUCUGAAUAAAUAAUGCAUCUUCUUUACAUUAACAAUAA